CACCGGCAGCUCCCUCCUCUCCCCUCGUCCGUCUCUCGCUCUCUCGCUCCCGCUCUUUCCCCCCCCCCCUUCCCUUCUUCCUUCCUUCCUUCCUUCCUUCCAUCCACCCGGCCCUCCGCUUGCCUGCCGGGCGUAGCUUCUUCCCCCAAGAGAGUCUGGCUCACCCAGGCUGAGACGCCAAAGCCACCAGGAUGGGGUACGGGCGCUCAGACAGUUAUCGUGUGGCUACCACCCAAGACAAACAUGAUGAUGCUUCACCCAAGAAGACCAAAGCUCCGCAGAAGGUUCGGGAUCUGGAUGAUCUUAAGAAAGAGGUGGCGAUGACGGAGCACAAAAUGUCCAUCGAAGAAGUCUGCCGGAAAUACAACACCGAUUGUGUGCAGGGUCUGACCCACAGCAAAGCCCAAGAGAUCCUGGCUCGUGAUGGCCCCAAUGCUCUCACUCCACCGCCAACCACUCCAGAAUGGGUCAAGUUCUGUCGCCAGCUCUUUGGAGGUUUCUCCAUCCUCUUGUGGAUCGGUGCCAUACUCUGCUUCCUGGCCUACGGCAUCCAGGCAGGAACUGAGGAGGAUCCCGCAGGAGACAAUCUGUACCUGGGUAUUGUCUUGGCUGCUGUUGUUAUCAUCACCGGCUGUUUCUCCUACUACCAAGAGGCCAAAAGCUCCAAGAUUAUGGAAUCCUUCAAGAACAUGGUGCCCCAGCAAGCCCUGGUGAUCAGAGAAGGCGAGAAGAUGCAACUCAACGCUGAAGACGUGGUGGUUGGGGACUUGGUAGAGGUGAAAGGAGGAGACAGAGUCCCAGCUGACCUGAGGAUCAUCUCCGCCCACGGUUGCAAGGUGGAUAACUCCUCCCUGACCGGUGAAUCCGAGCCUCAGACCCGUUCUCCAGAUUGUACCCAUGACAAUCCACUUGAGACCCGGAAUAUCACUUUUUUCUCUACCAACUGCGUGGAAGGCACAGCACGUGGAGUUAUCAUUGCCACUGGUGACCGGACAGUGAUGGGUCGAAUUGCCACUUUGGCUUCGGGUCUGGAGGUUGGCAAGACCCCCAUUGCUCGGGAGAUUGAGCACUUCAUCCAGCUGAUCACAGGGGUGGCUGUUUUUCUGGGGGUCUCCUUCUUCGUCCUCUCUCUCAUUUUGGGCUACUCCUGGCUAGAAGCUGUCAUUUUCCUCAUUGGCAUCAUCGUGGCCAAUGUCCCUGAAGGACUCUUGGCUACAGUCACAGUGUGUCUGACCUUGACUGCCAAACGCAUGGCUCGUAAGAACUGCUUGGUGAAGAACUUGGAAGCGGUGGAGACCCUGGGCUCCACCUCCACCAUCUGCUCAGACAAGACAGGGACCCUGACUCAGAACCGAAUGACUGUUGCCCACAUGUGGUUCGACAACCAGAUCCAUGAGGCUGAUACCACUGAGGAUCAAUCCGGCACGGCCUUUGAUAAAAGCUCCCCUACCUGGCUGGCUUUGUCUCAUGUUGCUGGGCUUUGCAACCGAGCGGUCUUCAAGGGGGGCCAAGAGAAUGUGCCCAUCCUCAAGCGUGACGUAGCAGGAGAUGCUUCUGAAUCAGCCCUGUUGAAAUGUAUCGAGCUUUCGUCUGGAUCUGUGAAGCUGAUGAGGGAGAAGAACAAAAAAGUGGCAGAAAUUCCCUUCAACUCCACCAACAAAUACCAGCUUUCGAUUCAUGAGGUCGAGGACCCCAACGAUAACCGCUACCUGCUGGUGAUGAAGGGGGCCCCCGAGCGCAUCCUGGACCGAUGCUCCACCAUUCUGUUACAAGGCAAAGAACAGCCUCUUGAUGAAGAACUGAAAGAAGCGUUCCAGAAUGCUUACUUGGAACUUGGAGGACUUGGAGAAAGGGUGCUCGGUUUCUGCCACUACUACUUACCUGAAGAGCAGUAUCCCAAAGGGUUCGCCUUUGACUGUGAUGAUGUCAACUUUUCCACCGAUAACCUCUGCUUUGUGGGACUCAUGUCCAUGAUUGACCCACCCCGUGCUGCAGUGCCCGAUGCUGUGGGGAAAUGCCGAAGCGCUGGCAUCAAGGUGAUCAUGGUGACAGGUGACCAUCCCAUCACGGCUAAAGCCAUCGCCAAAGGUGUUGGAAUUAUCUCUGAGGGCAAUGAGACCGUGGAAGACAUCGCCGCCCGGCUAAAUAUUCCUGUCAGUCAGGUCAAUCCCAGAGAUGCCAAGGCUUGUGUGAUCCAUGGGACAGAUUUGAAAGACAUGCCUACAGAACAAAUUGAUGAAAUCCUACAGAAUCACACUGAGAUCGUCUUUGCCCGUACUUCUCCGCAGCAGAAGCUCAUCAUUGUGGAAGGCUGCCAAAGACAGGGUGCCAUUGUGGCCGUGACUGGGGAUGGAGUGAACGACUCCCCUGCCCUGAAAAAGGCCGACAUCGGCGUGGCCAUGGGCAUUGCCGGCUCGGAUGUCUCCAAACAGGCUGCCGACAUGAUCCUCCUGGAUGACAACUUCGCCUCUAUUGUCACUGGAGUUGAAGAAGGACGCCUCAUUUUUGACAACCUGAAGAAAUCCAUUGCCUACACCUUGACCAGCAACAUUCCCGAGAUUACUCCCUUUCUGCUCUUCAUCAUGGCCAACAUCCCGCUGCCUCUGGGCACCAUCACCAUCCUUUGCAUCGACCUGGGCACCGACAUGGUGCCUGCCAUCUCCUUGGCGUACGAAGCAGCUGAGAGUGACAUCAUGAAACGUCAGCCCCGAAACCCCAGGACUGACAAGCUGGUGAAUGAACGGCUCAUCAGUAUGGCCUACGGGCAGAUUGGCAUGAUUCAGGCGCUGGGAGGGUUCUUUUCCUACUUUGUGAUCUUGGCUGAGAACGGGUUCCUGCCCUCCGUUCUGGUUGGCAUCCGUCUUAAUUGGGACGAGCGGUCAGUCAACGACCUGGAAGACUCAUAUGGGCAGCAGUGGACCUACGAGCAACGCAAAGUGGUGGAGUUCACCUGUCACACCGCCUUCUUUGUCAGCAUCGUGGUGGUGCAGUGGGCUGACUUGAUUAUUUGCAAAACCAGAAGGAAUUCUGUCUUCCAGCAAGGCAUGAGAAACAAGAUCCUCAUUUUUGGCCUCUUUGAGGAGACUGCCUUAGCCGCCUUCUUAUCCUACUGCCCCGGUAUGGACGUGGCCCUAAGAAUGUAUCCUUUGAAGCCCAGCUGGUGGUUCUGCGCCUUUCCCUACAGUUUCCUCAUUUUUGUGUAUGAUGAAAUCCGUAAACUCAUAUUGCGUCGUAACCCAGGAGGAUGGGUGGAAAAAGAGUCCUACUACUGAAUCUCUUCCUGUGUCCACUGCUGGUUGCCUCCCCUGCUGUGGGGGGGGAAUCUUGACCCUCCCAAAUUAGUCCUCCCUCCUGCCCCCCCCCCAUGACUACGAGAGAUUGCAACACCAGGAUCACAUGCUGGGACAGCGGAACCAAUCAAGCCCUUCUCCCCCACCCUUUCCCCAGCCCCCCUCCCCAGAUGGGACACCUGGCUUGUCCUGUCCUGCAUGCAUGUCCCAGACUGGACACAGGGGAGGGGAACCCUCCCCCCAGCUCCAUCCCACCUCUCAGCCACUUCUGCUCUCUGCCGAAUUCUGCUUCGGUUUGUAGAGGCAGGCUGGGGAAGAGGGUCCAGGUGUAAGGGAGGGGGAGAAAAAAUAUCCUGGGGGAGGGGGUGUUUAUGUGUUGAUCUUUCUUUGACCUCUGCAAAACCUCUAACUCCAACACUCAAAUUCCCUUCUGGAGCUGGGAUUGAACGCAGGGACCAGCCACUUUGAAAAAACAGCUUGCCUAGGAGAUGAGAGCAAAACAGGGAUGGGGGUUUUUGGGGGGUGAGUGCAGGAAGAAGAAGGAGUGUGGCCUGGUUAGCAUUAGUACGAUGUUAGAUUGGGGGGAGCUGAAUCCCUGCUCUCCUCACCCCCCUCUCACCCCAGCUGUGCCAAUGUGUCCCCCCUUUCCUUUCCCCCGUGUGCGUGUGGGUGGGUGUGCAGGGGUGAUGGUGUAUGUCUGCCUGUGUGCAAGUGAGGAGCGACAGAGGUCAGCGUUGACUAACUUCAGGGCCCAGCAAAGCUUUCCGGGUGUCCUCUGAAACGGUUCGUUUUUAGACUAAGAAAAACGGCGGGAUUUUUUUUUUCAGGCCUCUUCCCUUUAAGCCAGGGAAUCUCCAGAUUCGGCCGUUUUAAAACUUGUGGACUUCAACGCCCAGAAUUCCCCAGCCAGCCCUGUUGAAGGACUUCAACUCUCAGAAUUGGAGGUGUUGGCUGGGGGAAUUCUGGGAGUUGAAGUCCACAAGUCUCACAGUGGUCCUAACCCUUCAGCCUGACUCUGUAGAUGUGUAAAUGAAAACCGAAAUGGGGUGGGACUUCUUUUCUUGUGCAUGUACAUUUGCUCUGCUAGCAUCAUGGCAGCAGUUUAAACCACCUUCCCUCCAGGGGUCUGCAGCCAUCGGAGACCUGACGGCCUUCGGGUGCUUGCCCGUAACCCAGGGGAGGGGGUGACGUUUCGGGCUGUCUUCCCACUGGUGCUUAACUUUGCCCCCUCCCUUGGGUCUGACGCGCUCCUGUUUCUUGAGCCUGCGACUUCAGCCAUAGCCCCUUCCUCAAAGAACCCCCCCCCCCUCUAAACAAAGGGGCAGGAGGGAAGGCAUCACUCACUCCUGGUGGGCUGAAGGCAGUUUGAUCGUGCUGGGCCUGUCCCAUUCCACAUCCCAUCAACCUUUAUGUUCUUUGUAAGGUGAGAGGUGAGGGGAGCGGGGACAUAAAAGUCAGGUAGGUGUUUUCUGUCCCAUCUCCCCUUCCCCUUUGGGGAUCGGUGUCGUCGUGUGAAACCAAUCAACCACCACCACAACAACCCAACUGAUUUAACAAAUAAUUAAAGAAGUGGAAUAUUUAAUAUGA